CCCACCUACUUCCUCCGGCUCCACACACACACACACACACACACACACACACACACACACACACACACACACACAGCUGCCAAAAGUUUCCACCCUCCGCCCCCCCUCCCUAGCUAACUUCCUUCCAGCAUUUCCUGAGCUGGAUGAUCCUAGGAUUUGUAAGACAGGAAAAAAGAGAGAAAAAAAAAAAAGAAGAAGAAGAAGAAGAAGUAGAAGGAAGGCGUGAGGGCGGGCAGGAUAGACAGGAUGCUCGCGUUUCGCGUUAGCGGAGGGGUCUGAAGGCAAGACCACGGACGCAGCGACGAGCCCCCGCCGCCACCCCGCUCCCCGCGCCCUGGUGCUGCCCGAGGCGCCUUGGCGAGGCGGGACGAGCGCUCUCCCUCCCUUUUUCUCUCCCUCCCUCCCUCCGGAGCCCAGGAAAACACCCCAAGACGCCGCAGGAGCCUGUGAAAGUCCCUGGGACUCCGACUGAGGAAGUGACACUCCCAAGCGAGCCGGCCACCCGGCUGCCAGCUCUGCACGGCCUCGGCUGCCGCGGCCCUGGAGGAGCGCGCCGUGGAGAGCAGGCUCCUCAGCCGCGCCGGGCUCAGCGCCCCACGGGGUCCAUGCGCGCCGCCCCGGGCCCCGGCUCUUCCCACCGCCCAUGCGGCCCCCCAGAGCCGCGCUGCAGCCAGUGAGCUAAGCCGGGGGAUCUUCUCCGGCGUGCUGCCAAGCAGAGGGGAGGAGGGGUCGGAGGGGCAGCCUCUUUGGGACUAACUCAUGAAGAACAAGGGUGCUAAGCAGAAGCUGAAACGAAAGGGAGCCUCCGGCGCCUUUGGCUGUGACCUGACGGAGUAUCUGGAGAACUCAGGACAGGAUGUUCCAUAUGUACUGAAGAGCUGUGCAGAAUUUAUUGAGACUCAUGGCAUUGUGGAUGGAAUUUAUCGGCUUUCAGGAGUCACCUCAAACAUACAACGUUUAAGGCAAGAGUUUGGCUCAGAUCAAUGUCCAGAUCUGACAAGAGAAGUGUACCUCCAGGACAUCCACUGUGUGGGCUCACUCUGCAAGCUCUACUUUAGGGAGCUGCCCAACCCCCUCCUGACUUAUGAGCUCUAUGAGAAAUUCACGGAGGCAGUGUCACAUUGCCCAGAAGAAAGCCAAUUGGCCAGAAUCCAAAAUGUUAUCCAAGAACUUCCCCCACCCCAUUAUAGGACCUUGGAAUACUUGAUUCGACACCUGGCCCACAUCGCCUCCUUCAGCUGCAAGACCAACAUGCAUGCCAGGAACCUGGCCCUGGUUUGGGCUCCCAACCUCCUCAGGUCCAAAGAAAUUGAAGCCAGUGCGUGUAAUGGAGAUGCAGCCUUCCUUGCAGUUCGGGUCCAGCAGGUGGUGAUUGAGUUCAUAUUAAAUCAUGUGGAUCAAAUUUUUAACAGCAGUGCUCCCGGGUCUCUGGAGAACAAUGAAAACCGACCCAUCAUGAAGAGCCUAACUUUGCCUGCCCUCUCCUUACCCAUGAAGUUGGUGAGCCUAGAGGAAGCACAGGCCCGGAGCCUGGCUACAAACCAUCCAGCUUGCAAGGAAAGAAGGGAGAACAGCCUGCCUGAGAUUGUCCCACCUAUGGGCACCCUCUUUCACACCGUCCUUGAGUUACCAGACAACAAAAGAAAGCUCUCCAGUAAGUCAAAAAAGUGGAAAUCUAUAUUUAACCUGGGACGUUCUGGAUCAGACUCCAAAUCAAAACUGAGUAGAAAUGGGAGUGUAUUUGUGAGAGGACAGAGACUCUCAGUGGAAAAGGCUACUAUCCGACCAGCUAAAAGCAUGGACUCGCUGUGCUCAGUUCCCAUGGAAGGGAAAGAAACUAAAGGAAAUUUCAAUCGAACAGUCACCACAGGCGGAUUUUUUAUUCCAGCAGCAAAAAUGCUCUCAAGCAACAUGGGCAGCUCCUGUGACCUCAGCAAGCAGGAGAGUGAAUGGGGCCAGGAGGUGAUGCCUGCUGGAGCCGAAGGAGGCUUUGACUCCAGCUGCCAAUUCCAAGGCGCUCAGGGUCGGCCUCCUCCUGAGCAACUAAAAGUUAUUCGACCCAUUGAAGAUCCAGAGAGUGAGCAAACCCCCAAGAUGCUGGGGAUGUUCUACACCUCAAACGACAACCCCAGCAAAUCAGUCUUCACCAGCAGCCUCUUCCAUGUUGAGCCGUCGCCCCGGCACCAGCGUAAGGCCCUGAACAUCUCUGAGCCCUUUGCAGUGUCUGUGCCACUCCGAGUGUCAGCUGUCAUCAGCACCAACAGCACCCCUUGCAGAACACCCCCAAAGGAGCUGCAGUCUCUUUCCAGCCUGGAAGAGUUUUCUUUCCAGGGUUCAGAAGGUGGAGGUUGGCCUGAGGAUGAGAAGCCAGUAGGAGUCGAAAUAUCUACAGCAUCUGUACCUAAGAAAACAACUGUUGAUGAUGCCAAGCCCAUACCUGAAGCAGUGAGGAUGGUGGAAAGCAACAAAGACCUUUCCCUAGAGCCAGACCCCCAAGUGGAGGAAAAGAAAACCUCAGAAACUACCACAGACUCUCAACAUCCAAGUGAUUUAGAGAAGAGGUUGACUCCAGAGAAGGUGGUUGAGGAGAAAGGAGAAGCUGGUCAAGAGGCCAGUGUUCUACAGGACAGCCCCAGGACCCACAUCAAAAACAUGUUUCUCCAUGAGAUGGAUGAAGAUGAUCUCGCUAACGCCCUGAUCUGGCCAGAGAUUCAACAAGAACUGAAAAUUAUUGAAUCUGAAGAGGAACUCUCCGUGCUGCCACCACCCGCUGCAGAGUUCAACCAAGCCCAGCCCAUUGAGGAGUCAGGUUCUGGGGUUUUCCCUUCCCCGGACUUCCAGGCGCCACCUCCAGUCUCAGCCCCACUCGAGAAAUGGACCAGUCAGAGCGCGCAGGGGGCAGCAACCUAUAGAGAAGAGCCGGCGGCAAAUGGUGGCCUCCAGCGAUCUGAGCCCCAGAAGGGCCUUCGCCCAGACCCCGCUAGUCUGUCUCCUUUGCAAAUAGCGGACAUGGCCUCUUCACAAGCAAGGAUGGAGGCAGGAGACCAGGGAAACCUGUUUCCUCUGCUCCCGCCUGCUCCUCCUCCUCCCACUCCUCUGGAUGAGGAGCCUCUCAUCCAGCCAUCCAAAGGCAUCCCUGAGCUAGAAGACUUAUCCAGGAAGCUGAGGACACCUUCUUAUGGAGAGGAGCCGAAGUCCAAAAGUGGCUCUGAGGUCCUGGGCUUUUGCCAGGAAGAGGAGAGCCCUCCAGGACACAGUGAAAAGCAAAACCCUCAGGAUGGAAUUCCUGAUGUUAAAGGCACUGGUAAUCCAAGCCCAACAAGGGAAGUUGAAAUCUCCCCACAGACAAAGGGGGUGGUAGCCCAUUCCGUCCAGGACCCCUCAGACUGUGAGGAUGAUGACGCUGUAACAGACAUUGCCCAACAUGGCCUGGAAAUGGUGGAGCCCUGGGAAGAACCUCAGUGGGUGACGAGUCCUCUCCACUCCCCGACCCUGAAAGAUAUGCAGGAAACCCAGGUGUCUGGUCUCCAGAGUCACCGACUGGAGCGAAGGCUUUCUCACAGGCCCAGCCUGCGCCAGAGCCACUCUCUGGACAGCAAAACCAUGGUUAAGAGCCAAUGGACUCUAGAGGGGCCCUCCUCUAGCAGCUGUGCUAAUCUUGAAGCACGAAGGAAUACUGACCCUCUGAAGCCCCAGGCACUCAGGAGCGAGAUUAAUGCAUGGGAUGAGAAAAUCCUGAGGUCCUUCAGAGAGUUCUCUAACCUGAAAAGGACAGAGGUGCUUCCAGGUCAGAAAGAAACAGGUGGCUUGCAGCCUAAACCAACAGAAACCAGCCCUCUUAGUCUAGCAGAAGGGAAGGAGCAAGGGGUGGAGCUGCGCCACUGCAACCCUCCAACUGAGCAAGGUAGUGAUCCUGGGCCAGAGAACAACAAUGAGAGCAAAGCCAGUAAGCAGGGUAGCACCUUGUCUGGAGAACAUCUCCCAAAAUUAGAGCUGAAGAGCACUGAGUGUGGGCCUCAAAAAGGGAAAAACAGACCUUCUUCCCUCAACUUGGACUCUACCAUCCCCAUCACAGAUCUCUUCCGGCUUGAGAAUACAGCCUCUUCUUUUGGUUCACCUGAGGUACAAUUCUCUGAGCCGGGAGACCCAAAGACCUCGUGUAUGGUAUCAUCUCAUUGUAAAGUAGACCCCUGGAGGGCAUAUUCCCAAGACCCCCAUGACCUGGACAUUGUCGUUCAUGCUCUGACUGGCCGCCGUAACUCAGCUCCUGUGAGUGUGUCAGCUGUGAGAACCUCCUUCAUGGUUAAAAUGUGCCAGGCUAGGGCAGUGCCAGUCAUCCCACCCAAGGUCCAGUACACAGAAAUCCCACAGCCCCUGCCCUCUCAGAGCUCAGGGAAGAGUGGGGCUCAAUCUGUGGAGAAGAGCCAAGAGGAACCCAGCUCAGUCAGUGGGACUUCUCAGAAACCUGCCAAAGAUGAUUCUCUCACUUCCUUAAAAAAACCCAAGGAAGAGAAACCAAAGCAAGAUUCAGGGACAAAUGUGUCCUUGCCAGGGGGUACCACCACAUCCCACACCUGUGAGGGACCUACCCUUUGUCCAGAACCAGGCUUGGCUAACCAGAUGUCCUCCCAGGAUACAACUGUGCAAUGCAGAAAACGCAUGUCAGAGACAGAACCCUCUGAGGACAAUCUUCUUUGUUCAAAAAUAGAACGACCAUCUGGGGGGUCUAAGCCUUUCCACAGGUCAAGGCCAGGAAGACCUCAGAGCUUGAUCUUAUUCAGUCCUCCUUUCCCCAUUAUGGACCACCCUCCCACCUCAUCUACAGCGACAGAUUCCAAGGCCUUGCUGUCCCCUAUCAGAAGUCCAACCCAAACAGUUUCUCCUGGGCUUCUUUGUGGGGACUUGGCAGAAAAUACAUGGGUCACACCAGAAGGAGUUACACUUAGGAAUAAAAUGACCAUCCCUAAGAAUGGUCAGAGACUAGAGACUUCAACCAGCUGUUUUUACCAACCCCAGCGGAGAUCAGUGAUUUUGGAUGGAAGAAGUGGAAGACAGAUAGAAUGACAUUGGCUUACCUGCUAGUGUUUUGUUAUUUUUUUUAAGUCAUAUCUCAUCUGGAAGCUACUAUAUGGUCAAUCUGCCAUUAUUCUAGACACAGGUUACCCAAAUUUGGACUCACUUAGACCGUUACUCUGUCUUCAGCCUUUUGAUCAUUUAUUAAUUGCCCAUUGGCCAGAAGAAAGGUCAAAGAAAGGGCCAGGAGAUAAAAAUUUAGAUAUGAGCAGGCAGGAAAAGAUCAGGUAAGGGAAAAGUUGAUAGUUGGCUGUGAUGUCUGAAAGAGAGAGAGAGAGAGAGAGAGAGAGAGAGAGGGGUCCUUUGCCUGAAUGGGAACAUGUUGAGGUUUGAAAGCUUGCUCUUUUUCUACAUGCUGUCAAAUAUUCUCUAAAGCAUGUGUUCUUUUAGACCAGCUUUCUGACUAGCUUUGUAAAACUCUACUACCCAGAGUAGAAGCAGAUUUGGAGAUAUAAACUAGUGUACAUUUAGAUAUUCAAGUGAGCAAGCGAAUUUAACCUCUGCUCUUUGCCUAGAAUCCCUGCAGAUAUGUCCAAGAUAGCUCCAAAUAACCAGCAGAGCAAAUCAGAAUCAAUACUCCAGAACAAGCUCUGAAACUGGCACACUCCAAGACUUCUUUGGCUCUGCCCUUUACUAACUUGAGCUGCCACUGUCUUGACCUCUGAUAUAUAGGUCUUGUAGCUGGACAGGGUGGGAGCUGAGUUGAACAUAGAUUACCUCAGUGAAAUGUGCUGAAUUUUCAUUUAGGCAGAUAAUAGUGAAGAGAGCUCUUUUCUUCCAGUAUCAGAGUUCAUAGACAGGAUGCCAUCUUAUAGAAAAGCCUCCCUUGUGAGCAGAACUAUAUUCUAAACUUAGUGGGACUUUAGCAGAAAACUUUAGAGAAAGCUGCUGCUUUCUCCUUCCACACUAGACUGGGACUAGCAAUAUGGGAGGUAGUAGGGAGCCCCAGGAGGGGAGGCAGGAACCCUAGUAUACUGGGUGACCAUCCCUACUGCCCGGUAAGGACGGCCCCUAUGUAAAAUGUAUUUUAUUUUAGUCAGUAACUGCCCUCCUCUUUCUCUGUCAUUCUGAAGAGAUUUGAGGCACCUGUAGUGCUCGCAUUGUCUCCUUCAUCCAUUCCCCACUCAAGCAUUCAAGUGUGUUCUCCUGUCUGUAUGCAAGCAAAAGCAAUAAAGCAACCUGAUUGUGUUUCAGUUA